AUGGUCCGAAGACGAGCCUCAGCACCAUCGGCAUUGAUGCUUCAACCAGCAACGGUCCCGCUCAUCAGAGGCCAGCCCAAAUUCAUUCUACCCUCACCACCUUCCGAAUACGCUAUCAUCCAUCUGGCCGACCAUCGCAAGCUGUCUGAUAACUACCAGAAAUACAGACUCGAACCACUUAAGGAAUUGCCUCGAUUGAAAGAUUUCCAGGUCGACUACAUCAAAUGUUAA